UGAAUCUGGACAAACCUCGCACAACCAGAUUUUUUGAUCUCACUCUUGCUGUAAUUCUUGAAGUGUUGACUUCUCUUAUUUCCUUUUUUUACCUCUAAUCAGAUCUACUACUUAUAUUUUUUAUUGACUUAACAAUUUUUUGUUUUUUUAAUAUUAGUCCACGUAUAAUAUGGCAGUUUUUGGAUCAUUAAAUGUUUCUACUGGAUCUCUUACUCCGUAUACCGAUGCAACGCAGUGUAAAAAAGUUACAAACCAUAUUAAAAGGCCGAUGAAUGCUUUUAUGGUUUGGUCUCAAAUUGAGAGGAGAAAGAUUUGUGAACAACAACCGGAUAUGCACAAUGCCGAGAUAAGUAAAAGAUUGGGUAAAAGGUGGAAGACACUUUCCGAUUCUGAUCGACAGCCAUUUGUUGAAGAAGCUGAAAGGCUUAGGAUACUCCAUAUGCAACAGUUUCCCGAUUAUAAGUACAGGCCACGAAAAAAGGCUAAAACAAGUCACACACCACAACCAACCCCAGUUAAAUCAAGUGGAAGCAACAAUAAUUGCAAUAGAUUUAUUUCAUCAACAAUAACAGCAUCACCAAGUGAAAAAAUUGGUUUAAACCAUUUAGUGACCAAAGGUUCUAUUAAUUCACAGCCAUUGUGUUCAAAUCUUACAAAAAAAUUAACUAGUGAUACAUCAGUUACAUCAUCAACAACAACAAAUGCAACAGCAGUAGCAGCAGCAGCAGCUUCACUGGCAUCUACCGUUUCAACUGCGGCAGUGGCAUCAGUACCAGCAGUCGAUUCAACAUCUUCUCUGGUUUCAACGGCUUCAGUACCAGCAGUUGUAUCUGUGGCACAACCGACAGCAGCAGCAGCGGCAGUGGCAGCAGCUUCAGUGGCAGAGUUAUCAGUAGCAUCUAACGGAGUAUCAACAACGUCCUUGUUAACAGAAGCUUCAACAACUUCAACAUCAACAACACCAACUUUAACAACAUUAACAACACCGCCAUCAACAUCGCCAUCCUUAACACUGAAUAACACAAAAACAACAACAUCCACAAUUACAACAUCAACAAUACCAACAUCUACAACACCAACCGAUACGAAUAAUUCAUCCUCAUCAUCAUUGUUAUCUGUUUCAUUAUCAUCCUUAAGUGUUGGAUUAAGUGUCUCAAUAUCAUCCUCUUCUCAUUCAUCUUCUUCUUGUUCAUCGGUAUCUUCCCCUGCGGCUUCAUCUGUUGAUGACUUCUCGGCUCUUGAUGAUUUGUCCGAUGUCCUACAAUUGGAAUCUAAUUGGGCGCAAGAGUUGGGAAGCCUUAUCCUAACACCAAUCUCUGAUUUGGAUACUCUUGAUACUGCAAGCUCAAGCUCUGGUUCACACUUUGAGUUUCCCGAUUACAUUGAGGAUUUAAAUGGAAAAAUUUACCUCAAAUAAAUUAACCAACAAGUAAACAACAACUUUAUCUGAUUAAUAUCCAAAAUGUUUAAAUCAAAUGAUACGAUCCAAAAACUUGAUUUGCAACAAAUAUUAAUGAUAUCGAAAGAUAAACCUCAUUUUCAUGAAAAAAAAUUAAAACAAAUUACACAUUCUAUUUUCAAUAAUGA